CGCUGAGUCCGCUCUUUCGUCUUGAUCACUGCCGCAAUGUCCGCCGUCUUGGAAGGCGAGCUACGACGGCGAAGGCUAUCUGGUUCAAAGGGCGAAAAUGCUUCGGUCAAGAUUCAAGAUGCAAAAACGUCGAAGGCAAAGGAAGAGGUAGUCUGGGGGAAAACACCAAGUGGUGAAGUUUUUAGAGUGCCAACGACCCAUGAUGUCUUAACACUUUUUCAUCCUCGUUAUCCAAAAUCACAUCUUGACAUUCUGAGUCUUACACUCCUUGGUCUGCAAAUCGUAGCGUUUUUCGUGCUGCCGCGACCUGUAGCAAAGCGUUUCUUUCUUGCGUAUUUCGCUUUUUGGCGUACAGCCUAUGAUGCAGGACUGGGUUGGGUCCUUACGAAGCAGAGCAAGAAGAGGUGGAUUGUUCGGGAAAUGCAAAAACUCGGGUGGCUCGAUGAGAACCGUAAACCGGGAAUUAGAAACUGGAUUCGCAAACAGCUCGCUGGCAAGAUGGGAAAAGACUAUUCUUUCGAUGAACUACCCUUAGAAUAUAAUACGUGGUUGCUGUUUAGACAACUCGUCGACAUUAUUCUUCUUAAUGACUUCGUUUCUUAUUGUCUAUUCGCGUUCUGCUGCUUUCGUGUUCCGGAGGGUCUUCCUGUGCCAGUUCAUGUUUUCCGAUGGCUUGGCGGCCUCAUACUCAUCACGUUCAAUCUGUGGGUGAAGACAGAAGCACACCAUGUCGUUAAAGACUACGGCUGGUAUUGGGGAGAUUGCUUCUUCCAACGUGGUGCACUUGUCUUUGACGGCGUCUUCGAACUUGCACCCCAUCCGAUGUAUUCUGUUGGAUAUGCUGGGUACUACGGGCUAUCCCUCAUCGUUGGAAGUUAUCCUGUGCUCUUUGUCAGUAUUGCUGCCCAUGCAGCGCAAUUCGGUUUUCUUGUCUCUUUUGAAAAUCCCCAUAUCGAACGUACCUACGGCCAAAAGAAACUCCUUGCUUCUCGUAUUCCUCCUGUAUGCGAGAGCAGUUUAUCUCGGAAGUCGACAAGACCGUCUACACCUGUUCACAACAGGAGUGUCUCUAUUGCUACAGAUAACUCGACACCCUCCGUCACCGAGGGCGAGUCUGCUACGGAAACAGAUCUGGAGACAGAGACAGAGCUGGAUAUCGUUGAGCUUAGGACACCUCGCAUAGGAUCAUCCACAUCUCUUCCCAGCAUUUCCACAUCUCGGUCAUCUCGAUCACCUAUGACACGCAUAUUAUCACAGCACGACUUGUUAAACAGGUACUUCCGGAAGGACGUAAUCUUAUUGCAUAACUUCGACCCACUUCGGGCAUCGGACUUCAUGCUUGGCCUCGUCGUGUUUUACGCUAUCGUUAUGAUCUUCUUGCCGCCCCUUUCCGCACAAGGCCAGAUUGCUCUGCACUUCACCCAUGCAUUGCUCUGGCGUGUAUAUCACACCUUCGUCCUGGGUUCACUCCUAAAGGCGCAGAGUAACUCGAAAUUCCUUGUCCGACACUACCUAAAACACUAUUACUACCCGGAUAGUAUGCUUGCAAGUGGCGAGGGCGCCGUACAAGAAGCCUUUACGAACUGGAAAUCGAUUUAUAAUAUGAGCAUGCUGAUGACGUACAGCUCGUUUUUCGGUUUCGCUUGGAAAACUUACCAAUUCCCUCAAGGAUGGAUCGUCGGUGAUCAGCUCUUGCGUCAUACCCUUGGUAUUUUCCUCAUAUUGUUGCACGUAUGGGCAGCGAGGGAAUCAUAUGAAGUCCUUGGUGUCUUUGGCUGGUUCUUCGGCGACUUCUUUAUCGACAAUUUCCCAACAACUCUUGAAUAUACAGGCAUCUUCCGUUUCCUGAAUAACCCGGAAAUUCUGAGCGGAUCGACAUUUUUCGGACUUGCUCUAAUAACAGGAAGCAAAUCAGUGUUGACACUCGCGAUUUUCACGAACCUGUCAUAUUGGUGGUUCCUGAGGACUGUGGAGAACCCGCAUAUGAAGAAGCUUUACGGUGACGCACUCCGUAAGGACGCAGGGCUUACGAAGGUUAUAAAGAAAGUCGCGACAAAGAAUGCGCGUAUUCUUGAAUCACGGGCCGGGAAGCAUGUUCCUCAGCUCGGCAAGGUCGCCAAAGAAGUUAAAGGGUCGUUUGACAAAGUGUUCAAGGAAACCGAAGAGGUAGUGGAGGAAUUCUUGAACAAGUCAAAACCGAAACUCUCGGAAGUCCUACAAGACACGAAGGUGUUGCUUCAGCAAUCCAGGGAAAAACUCGUCAUUACUCGGAUUGCAAGCGAUAUUUCUUCAUUCGACACUACUCAAUACAGUAUUUCCGUCGUUACAAAUGGAUCGCAUAUGUCGGGUGGAAAGUAUCGUUUCCAUCUCGGUGAACCAAUUAUUGUCGACUGGCGAGCGCCUCCGACUCAUUCACGGAAGGACUGGAUUGGGUUGUACCGGCUCGGAGCCAACAAAUCUAGCUUAGUAACAACGACUUCGUCUUUAGGUAUGUGGGUGCCUGUUCACGACGAUGAGUGGGAGGGCGAUAUAUACCUCGGACCGGAAGACAAAGUUCACUCAGGAACAGAGCCGGAAACUGGGAAAGUGAUAUUCAAGGGCGAAACUCUUCCAUGGCAUGUCGGCACGUAUGAGGUGAGAUAUCAUCACGACGGGAUGUAUAACGUUAUGAGCUUGGAUGGACCGAUUGAGAUAUAUGUCGACCCUCCUGCAUCACUCGACUUCCAAUCCAUCCGAUGGUACCUUAUGCACAUUGUAACCCUGUGCCUCGACGCCGACCCGUCACUCGUUCCUCUUUCCUCAAAGCCUCCUGGCUCACCACCCGCGUCACCCGAAGACCACCGUGAUCCAGAUGAUUUCCGCUUCUGGUCAGAAAAACAGGCGGCAAGGAUCGCUAAGUCCAUCCAAGCUGCGUUCGGCGUGGAAUAUGAUCCGGAGGUCAUCCUUGCCGAGGCGAAUGUCAGUGCGUUGACAAAUAGGAUUUUGGUGUCGAAGCAGUUGCUCGAUGCGUAGAGCUCGCUAUUUCAUGGCAUUAUAAAAGUUUACGUUGAUGGUUGUUACCAUUUCAUGACCUUUCAUUAUUUCUACAUAGACGAACGAUUGACCCAGCAAUGACACCCUGCUAUAGUUCUUUUUUUCUUAGGUAGAUACGGAUUUCAUACUAAGAAUCAAGCGGAUUUUAAC